AUGAAGCUGGAUAUUAUAUCAGGUGCAGUAGAUUUUGAAGAUAAAACUCGAGCUGCUCUGCUCCUAAAGCAGCCAGUAGAAGUCCAGUGCCUGUGGCAGAUGGGACCAAUGACAAGAGAAUUUCGAAGAGGAAGAAAAUUCUAUUCGCUGAUUGUAAUCCAAACUUCCUUAGAACUCGGAAAGGAGAGGGUUAUUGAUUUCUCCAAACAACCACUGAUUCAUCUGUUUUCCAGUGUGUUCCUCCAGCGCAGCCAUAUUGAGGUGUACUUGGGAAUACAUGUCCCAUUGGUGGGAACUGUGGAUGGAGCUCUUUUGGACAUUGCAAACGCAAGUGGCAAAGCUAAAUUUGAGGAGAAAGAGAGUAUAGAAAACAAUCAGCCUCUUUCUAGGAGUUCCACACCACAAGGUGCAAACUUGACAGCCAUUAAAACGAUUCUGAAAGGAAAGGUAGAUGUUAGUCUCCCCUUGGCAGAGCGGAUGUUCCAGACCAUUUACCUCUCAGUCUUGCUACUUCUCAUUGACCUGAAGCAAACUGGGAUUCUGGUGCAGAACAGAGAUAGCCAGUUGACGAUCCUGGAGUUACAUGAGGAACUUCUACAGAUUUACACAUUUCUGCAUGGCAUCACUUCCCAACUAUUCAGUAUUUUGAAUGCACUUGAGAACAUACAGAUGCUUCAAGAAGCAAGCACUGCCCAGGCUCUGAAAACUGAAGUGACCCAGAUUCUACUAAAAGAGCUUAGAGAACUUUCAGAAAACGUCUUGAACAUGGAUACAGCAAAUUUCUCGUAUGAUUUGGUUAUGCUCACUAGUGCAUUCAAGAGUCGUCUACAGAGAACUGCAGCUGUACUUCUGGAGCUCCAAGGCCAGGAGGCACUGACUGAACUCCGAAUGACUCAAUGCUAUGGCCUUGUCUUGGCUGGUCAGUUCCUGGAUGGUGUGCUUCCCUGGCUCCCAGGCUUGGAUGGCUUUAUGCAAGAAUGCAGACCACAAGUAGAAAUCUCCAGAAACAGAGGAGGUGAUCCGGAGGAUAAGGAAAUGACCAGCCAAGAUGAAGAGUCUGCUUCGGGAUCUAACCAUAUUCAUCCGGCUUUGGAUCUGCUUUACUACAAGGAUUCUUACUUAGAUUCUGGGAACAGAGAGUGUGCAGCACCUGAGUCUGGGCCUGGAGAAUUAGUCUUUCUCUUAAGCCAGUACUUACUCGAUUGUAGAUUGGACCAGGUCUGGGAAAGGUGCUUGAAGAAAAUUCUGUCAACAACACCUCCUUCUGUGAACCCGUAUUCUAUACUUGUGACAGAGUUCUGGAAGGCUUCUCUCCGACUGGAUUUAUGGCACAGCCCAGAUGAGAAUAUCAUGGAGCAAAUUUUCCUGAGCAGUCCGAAGAUGCUAAAUCCUUACCAUCCCAUCAUGUCUGUCCCUGGAGCUACAGGGUUUGGGCUGAAGACUGCCCUUAAAGCUGUCAAUCCAAGCAGCCUUCAAGGUCUUCUCACAAAGAUUGCCCUUGUGGACAAUUACAGCUACCCUACCAAAGCUGGUAGCUUCAAGGUAGCUUUGGGUCUGGCUUUGCAUCCUUUGGCUGCCUGGUACAAAAGCCUGAAUCCCUUUCUCCUGAAGUUGGAGGUGACAGAAUUCUGCUAUCUGACAGGACCAGAUGGAUGUCUGACUGAAGCACUUCAAAUUUAUGCCAAACUUGUGCAUUCCCAUUUGUGUGAAUUGGCACAGAAUCCUCAGAUUGUCUCGUGGACCAUAAUCAUAAGAGGAGGAGGAACUUGGUCAUCCACUGAGAUACAGAAGUAUCCAACUGCCUUCCAAGAAGCUUUCUUCGAAUCAUUGCAGAGCAGAAGUUCAGCAGUCCUGAAGGUGUUUGCAGCUCCCACUGAACAGGAAUGGCGAUGUGUCCCCAUAGUGAAGAACUUUGUGCUGUAUUAUUUACAGACAGGGAAAAAGAAUCCAUUGUGUUUCCCAAAGCAUGACCCCACCAUACUCUAUCAGUGUGUAUUUUCCAGCGAGCAAGCAGCAGAUUUUCAUUACAAGCAUGUUGCUCCUUCUGGUGAUCCAUAUUGUGCAGCUAAUUUACAGGAAGUGAUGUCACAUCUCGACAGUCAAAUCAUCCAGGCCUUCGCAGAAGGAAACCUACUGGAUUCAUAUAGGCUGUUGGCUUCCAGGGCUUUGAUCUGUGGUCAGUAUGAGUGUCUCCCAGCCUGCUGGCGAAUGCUGCAUUCCAUCUCUGCACAACUGGAAUACCUGAACAGCAUCAAUACGGAUAUACAGGAGAUGUUCAUUCUAAAUGAAGGAAAGGAAGUUGAAGGCCAAAGUGAUGGAUUUAGAAAUACACCUCAGUCAUAUGAUAAAAUGAUGGAAGCUUUCUCAGUGUUGUUGGAACGGACACUGACAACUCAGGGCUGCAUGAUCUGCCACAGCCUCCAAAAUAUAAUUCUGCGAAGGAUUCAGAUGAUUAAUGCUGGAAGAUUAAGAAGAUCUAGUAUUGAAAUCCUUAAAGAGAUAUCGACCAUGUGCCAGGCAGUAUCAGAUGUGUCUGCCUGGCACCUGCAUGCCCUUUGUCCUGAAAUUCAGAGGCUUCAUCAGUCAGUCAAGGCUGGAGCAUCAUUUCUGAGUAGAGCUACUGUAACUUCAGCUGGCUUUGAAAGUACAAGACCACCAAUGCUGCCUUAUUCCAGGAAGAACGAGAAAGUUCCACAAACUUACCCUACAGUUUAUCAAGUGCUGGAAGAUUGGUGAUGAGGCAAAGGUGGCAAAUGAGUGCACCUGUUUAUUAUAGGAACUUAUAUCUUACAUGCAGACAGAGGCCAUAAAUAACAUCAAGAAAACUAUGGAAUAGAGGACUUGCAGCUUAAACCAAGAUACAGGCCGUGAACAGCAUGGGAAAGACAGGAGAACUGGGUUUGCAUCUUGUUCCUGCAGUACAAUCUGUUGCUUCAUAAUUACAUUUCUGACAAAAUGUUUAUUAUACAGGCAUUAAUUGGUGUGUUUGUGUGUUAGUCUGUGCAUAUGUACAUGCCAACGGCCAUUUCUGUUCCCAUGAAACUUUAAUUCAGAAUAACAUUUUUGAAAUAAAGAACUGCUAUUCAAGAGAAAUGCCAAAGCGGUUAACAUUCCGUAUAAUCUGGUAUGCUUUUCACAUCUGUUCUGGGAUGUUGUUGUUCUUGCAUAUUGCUAAAUGGUUGUACA